AUGCCAGCCACAGAUGUUCUCAAGAAUAUGGAACAAGGGAGAAAUGUGAAUGAUACAUCUGUGAUAUAUUCAACAGACAGUAAUGGAACCGAUUCAUUUGGGGGCAGUCUGAGCCUGGAAGAAAGAAAAUCAUUUUUUCAGUAUGAUGGGACCAGAGAAAUAUCUUGUGGGUUUCUAGGUCCUCAAGACACUGGAUUCAAAGUGUCUAGUAAAGAUCGUCAAGCUAUGGAUUCUUGCAGGGGUUUAGUUGUAGUUUCUGCCAUUUUUGGAGCUUAUGACAAGCUCAGGCAGCCAAGACAUGUUAAGAAAAUCACAGCCCAAAGUGUUUGUUUUUUCAUGUUUGUAGAUAAAGAAACCCUAGAAUCCCUAGCCCACACUAACAUAAGGCCAGAUGAAUUCCAAAAAAUUGGAUUGUGGAGGAUUGUGUUGGUUACAAGCUUGCCUUAUAAUACUUCUGUGAUGAAUGGAAUCAUACCAAAGCAUCUGAUUCACAGGAUUUUCCCAAACAGUAUUUAUAGCAUAUGGGUGGAUGCCAAGCUUCAAUUGGUAAUUGAUCCAUUCAUAAUUUUGGAUGAGCUUCUUAUAAGAAAAAAUGGCAGCAUGGCCAUUUCAAAGCAUCCUUACAUUUCAAAGCAUCCUUACAAUAUCCAUACUAUGGAGGAAGCUAUCUUUACUGUCAGAUGGCACAAAUGGAAUAAGCAGGCUGUGCUUCAUCAAAUGGAGAGCUAUUGUAAAGAGGGUUUGCAGCCAUGGAAUCCUUCAAAGCUGCCAUUUGAUAGUGAUGUUCCUGACACUGGAUUGAUAUUAAGAAAGCAUGAAAUUGCAACAAAUCUGUUUUCAUGUCUGCUAUUCAAUGAAUUGGAGGCAUUCAACCCAAGAGAUCAGCUUGCAUUUGCUUAUGUCCGAGAUAUGAUGAGCCCAAAGCCUGUGAUAAGUAUGUUCGAGGUUGGUGUGUUCAACUCAAUCACUUCUGAAUAUCGUCAUAAUAUUCUUGUCAAGAAAGAAAGCAUGGUAAAGAAUUUAGUAGAUACCCAUUUGGAGGAGUCUGUAAUACGUUUGGGUAAAAAAUCAGCCUGUCAAAAUUACUUGAACACAAUGUGGGAUGUAAAUCCCGCUCAUUGA